AUGAAUGCCAACCCUAAAGAUGGUUUCUCAGUUUCCUUAUCAAAAUUUCAUAGAAAAAGUCUUCACUCUCAAAUGGCUAACACUAGUGGAUGCAAUUAACUAAAUGAUCUUCCUAAUAUACCGCUUCCUGAGUUGAAGGUUAGAGGAUUGCAGAGUGCGAAAAUUAAAGCAUCUCCCAAAAGAUCACCUCAUAUUUUAAAAUUUUAUGUACAUGACGCCUAGUGUAUACUAAAUGAUCCUAUAAAAAAAGCUAAUGUAGUAUUCAGUUUUAUUUAUGGAUAUAGAGAAGAUAUGAGAACUAAUCUGAGUAUGUAUUUGUGGACACUUACUUAGAUGCUUUACAUGUAAUUGCUUAAGAGGAGAAAAAGUAUAAAUAGGGUAAUGGAUAAACUAUUUAAUCUGAAGAAUUUUCAGAACAACAAAUUUCAAUAAAUCCUUAACCUACUUUGCCUAACUUGCCUGCUUAAUUGAUGAGAGAAAGGAUGAGAGUUUAUGCAUAAAGUUAAUAAAAAGAACCUUAAUCUAGUAAUUUUGAAUAUCAAUAAAUUAGUAGAAUCUCAAUUAGCAUAAAGGUAGCCCAAGAAAGUAAUCAAAACUGCAACAAGUCUAAUGACUAAAAAAAUACUCCCAAAUAAACUAACUGUAUCAUUAUCAGUUCAUUAAGCUAUUCCAUCUAUUAAACAUAAAGUAAGUGCUAAAAGAUGGGUCAUGUUCACUAAAUAAAAGAAUGAAAAAUGUUUUAAUAAAUCAGUUGGAUGGCAAGAGUUUCAAAAAGGGGAAGUAGCCAGUAUCACAAAGAUUAUGACUUGUUACACAACAUUAACGUAUUUAAAAGAAUACAAUAUUGAGCCUGAUUAAAUAAAAAUAAAAAUUCCAGGCCAUGCUGAAUGUAUUGAUGGUACUAGUGCCUUUUUAAAUGCAGGAGGCAUAUUAACAAUUAAAUAAUUGUUAUUCGCUCUUAUGUUACCUUCUGGAAAUGAUGCAGCACUUGUUUUAAGUUUUACUAUAGCAUAUUUGAUGAUUUUACAAAAGACAGAGAUUUAUUAAUAUAAUCGAUAUUUGAAAGGUGCUAUAAUUGACAUAGAACCAUAGAUUGAAAGGAACAAAAAAUUACUUAAACAUACAUUCCUCGAUCAAAUGAAUAAGCAUGCAAUUUCUAUCAAAAUGGAAAAUACUAAUUAUUCGUCUGUUCAUGGUUUAAAUGAUGAGAAGAAUGUAUCAUGUCCUAAUGAUAUAAGGUAUAUGUUUAUAGUCAAUAUAAAUUAGUAAAUUAAUAGAGAAAUGCAUUUAAUUAGAAGUUUUCCUUGAGAUAAUAACAACCAAAAUUUUUAAGACUCAUGCUCUAACAGAUAAAGGAGGCAAAGCUACUUUAUAUAAAUGGAAAAAUACAAAUAAAUUACUUAAAAAGUCUGGUUGGAUGGGAGUAAAGACAGGUGUUACUCCUAAUGCUGGACCUUGCUUCACAGGAUAUUAUAAGAAUAAUGAUAUGGAGGCCAUAAUUGUUGUUUUAAAUUGUUCUUCGAUGAACUAAAGAUUUAGAGAUGCAGAAGUAUUACUUAUCUCAGCAUUGAAAUGA